GCCCGGGGUGAGGAUGGCCUGGGACCUGGGUGGAGUUAGAACCUUCCCACCCAACGCGGAGAGAGAAGACACGGGAGCAAGCCCACCUCCCCGGAGGGACGGCGAUCUAACGCCCCUCAACGCCCUUUGACCUCUGAACUCUCCGCGGGGCUCUCGAACCUCCCCCCCUCCCCACACCCCUCCUCUCCCCGAGCCUGGCGCGACGCAUGCGCCCCGCGGGCCGGCGCCAUGUUGGGUCGGUUUGAAAGCCGAGGCGGGCGUCUGUCUACCUGGCCUGGGGCAGCGGAGCAGCCAGCCGUCCGGAGGAGGAGGGCGGCGUCGGGUUCGGGGAUGCUUCGCCGCGUUGUCCCGUUUGCGAAGGGCCGGGGCUUUCGACCGAGGGUCUGGAAGUGUGCGCUUUAAAAAGGGUCCUGGGACGCUGCCACCCCGCAGACACGGAUGGGCCAACGCCGUGCAGCCUAAGGUCGGCGACAGUCCCCAUGUCCCCGCUCCAUCGACGCCCCCUCUGCAGACUGAGCCGGCCUUGGCUUCUUCCAUGGUUUAGAACUCUUGAGAGCUGCGGUUUCCAAAGAGUUGUUCUUAACUUCCAGACGCGAUCGAUAGUCUGUGUUUUGAAUCAAGAGUCGUUGACAUUUCUUGCCCUAAGUUUGUCGUUCAACAGGAUGGGUUUCAUUUUGGAGAUUUCACACCGGAGCGCUCGCGAAGGGGAAUGUAUUUAAUGGAAAUGAAUAACUUAUUUUGAGAAAACCAUGUCAAAAUCAAGCUCAAAACACAGAAUAUGUUCUCGGGAAUCUUCAGUGUCUUCUCUCCUGGCAAGCUGCAGCCUAAGUGGGGGUAGUUCCUCCAACUCGGAUGGCUCUUUUCAGUACAAGGACAAAUUGUACAGUUCUGCAUCCGAGGCUUUGCAGGCUUAUAUUGAUGAUUUUGAUCGAAGCAGAGAAUAUCCUGGAGCAAACAUGGGCAGAGUGAAUGUUGAUGAGGAGUCUGAUACUGUGCUGCCAUUUUCCAGCUGUGUGCCCAAACCUAACAAUGCUUUUGAAAAUCUUGAUCACAAACAGCACUUAAACUCUGUUCACUAUAGAAGAGAGACUAUUAAUGACAUGGACUCCAUUAGUCUAACAACUGAUGAUUUGUUAAGACUUCCAGCAGAUGGAUCUUUUUCCUUCACUUAUGUGAAACCUGGUUACCGACCAAACAAGAAAAACAAACACAUUGGAAGACGGGCUUCAUCGGACUUUAAGAAGAACCCAAAUUUUCAUGUAGACUCUACUCCCAAGAGCAAGGAUAAUGUAGUUACUCCUGAUGUAUAUACCAAUGUAAAUGGAAAGAAAUAUAGUAGCUCCAGAGCCCCAAAACCUAUGACUAGAAAUAAUAAAUAUGUUUUGGAGUCAUCUUUAUCCUUUCCUAAAGAAUCGUCUUUCAAGGACAGUUCAAAGUCUGGUUCUGAAAAGAAUUAUCCAAGAUGGCUCACUAGCCAGAAAUACGAUCUUAAUGUCUCAGGGGUAACUAGUAUACCUGAUUUUAAGUAUCCAAUUUGGCUUCACAAUCAAGACUUGCUACCUGAUGCAAACAGUCAGAGGGUUUCUGAAUUACUUAAUGAAGAUGAACAUUCCCUUGUGCAUAGUUACCAAACACAAAGAACUACUCAGCUUACAAAUAAACUAGAUUGUUUUGAGUAUUCUUUUCAACCUUCAAACUUUACAAAUUCCUUCAGGGAGAAUAAAGGAUUAGUUAAUGACUAUAAAUGUGAUUUUGAAAAUAGCCAAUGUCAGUGUGAGAAUCCACUUCUCCCAGGACAAUUCCAAAAGCCAUUCUGUGGUGACAAACUCGAAUUGCUUAUCCUGAAGGCUAAGAAGAAUCUCAAGCAGUCUACUGAAAACUUACCAAAGCCUGUGGAGAAGGAGGACAGCCCUUGCUCCUUAGAUAAGCUUGAAGCAGAGCGAUCAUGGGAAAAUGUCCCUGUUACUUUCAAAUCUCCUGUCCCUGUUAAAGCUGAUGACCGUCCUCAACAAAGUUCUGGGACACAGUGUAUUAAUGAGAUUCUUGAAGACUUUUUAAGUGAUGAGAAUCAGAGCUCUACCUUAUCUGGAGGCAAACACCAUGGUCCUGUUGAAGCCUUGAAACAAAUGUUAUUUAAUCUUCAGGCAGUACAAGAAAGUUUUAAUCAGAAUAAAAAUAGAGAGCCAAAAGAAGAGAUUCAACAAGUGUCAGAGGAUGAUUUUUCUAAAUUACAAUUGAAGGAAAAUAUGAUUCCUAUUACUAUGUCUCUUCAAAAGGCCUUACAACAUUUAUCACGCCUGAGAGACCUGGUGGAUGAUACCAGUGGGAAACAGUCAUCAAAAAUGUGAAGAGGAAAAUAAAACUUUAACCACAAUAAACAGUCACCAUACAACUCAUUAUGGACUUUUGCUAUUACUUACAUUAACUAAGUAAAUAUAAGCCAUCCUUUAUUCUAUGACUGCAUCAAGCAUAGUUCUAAAAAAAUCUAAACUUGGAAAUAUUCAUAGGCCUGAUUUUAUACAAAACACAACUGGAAGACCCUAAUAUAUGUCCUGAAGUAGUCCUUGGAUCUUCAGAUCAGAAAAUGUUUAAUAUUCAGACGUGGAUAAUUUCCUUUGUUGCCAUUUAUCUGGACGCAGCUCUUGCUGACACGCUCAUCAUUUGUCAUUUAGUUCUUUGAUGUUAAAGGACUUUUUAGUUUCUACCCAAAUUUUAAGUGUGUGUGCAUGUGUGUGUACGAAAUAUAUAUAAGCAGCUUAAGAAAUACCUUAAAUUGUUGUAUCAUAUAGCAUUUUGUUACUUGUAUGAUGUCAUAAAUUGAAUAUUUAAGAUGUUAUAUUUGUAAAUGACAUUGAAAUAGUUGGUGACUCAAUGCUAAUGGAAUGUUCUUUUAUUGUGAUAUUACAGAACCUUGUUAUUUAA